AUGCACGGAUGCAGGCCCGUGAAACCAGCAACUUCAUUUCUUUUCCCUUCUCUACAUGACCUGCAGGUGCACGGCACGGUGGAGGAGCCCAUUCACGCCCUCGCGCGCUCCAAGGCCGCUGCUGCCCCCCUCGCCACCGCCCACGCUGCCGCCAGCCCGCUGUCCUGCCGGGACCGCGACUCGCUCACCCUCGCUGACGUCACCGCGCUCUUCCCCCAGGCCUGCCCUGCUGGAGAAGGCAGGGUGGUGGAGGAACGGGUGGUGGCGGUGGGGGGUGGAGAAGAGGGGGAUGCGGGCAGGGAGGACCGUGAGAGGCUUGCUCUGGCUGCUGCUGCUGCCGCAAAAACACGGAUGCAGAAACGGCCUGAGUGA